GGCGGCCCCGCCCCGGGGCGGCAGCAGCCCGAGCACCGCCCCGGCUCGGCCUUUAUAGCGUCCGUCCCGCAGUGGGGCCGCUGCCGCUCUGCGCCCGCCCGGCACUGACAGGGACCGCGGGGCUCCUGCGCUGCUGAAUCAAAACAAUUCAGAUAGAAGAGGAACAAAGUAAGAAGUUAACUAACAAUAUGAAGUUACUCAUCUUCCUCGCAGUAACCCUGGGCACGCUUGUCACGGGACUGGAUUCUGUUUAUAGCAAGAAGCACUACAGGCUGCCAUAUAAACACAGAUCAGAUCACAAGGAAUGCCAUUGUUUGAAUGGAGGAACCUGCAUCACCUACUACCUCUUUAGCAGAAUUAAUCGUUGCAUAUGCCCAGACAGAUACUUUGGAAUUCACUGUGAACUAGACGCUGACAGCACAUGCUAUACUGACAAUGGGGAGAACUACAGAGGAAUGGCUACAGAAGACGAGUGUCUGCCAUGGGACCUUCCCUCAGUAAUCAGGAGGGGUCGUUACCAUGCUGACUUGAAGAAUGCUUUGCAGCUUGGACUGGGCAAACACAGCUACUGCAGAAACCCAAAUGGAAGGAGCAGGCCCUGGUGUUACACCAAAAAGGGAUUCACCAUUCAAGAAACACCCUGCAACAUAGAGAAGUGUGGGCGUGAAUGUGGUCAAAGGAGCAUCAGCAAGUACUUCAAGAUUGUUGGUGGAAGCCAGGCAGAGGUUGAGUCUCAGCCUUGGGUAGCUGGCAUCUUCCAAAACAUAAGGGGUGUUGACCAUUUUCUGUGUGGUGGCAGCCUCAUCGACCCUUGCUGGGUGCUCACUGCAGCACACUGUUUUCAAACUGCGUCAAAAAACCCACACAACAAAUCUGUCUACAAAGUCUUCCUUGGCAAGUCCAGACUGAAUGAGACUGAUGAUAAAGAACAAGAAUUCAUGGUUGAUAACAUCAUCUCUCACCCUGACUUCACAGAUAACACAGGUGGCAAUGAGAAUGAUAUUGCUUUGAUACGGAUAAGAACAAAUUCUGGACAGUGUGCAGAAGAAUCCAAAUACGUCAACACAGUCUGCUUGCCAGAGAAGAACCUUUACUUACGAGACAAUACCCGGUGUGAAAUAUCUGGCUAUGGAAAACAAGAUUAUUAUGACAUCUACUAUGCUCAAAGACUAAUGUCAGCCACCGUAAACUUAAUAUCACAGACAAAAUGCAAAUAUGAAUAUUAUGAUAAUAUCAGAGUUACUGACAACAUGGUCUGUGCUGGAGAUCCUACAUGGAUGACUGAUGCAUGCAAGGGAGAUUCCGGUGGCCCGAUGGUCUGUGAGCACAACGGCAGGAUGACGCUUUAUGGGAUUGUUAGCUGGGGAGACGGCUGUGCAAAGGAAAACAAGCCUGGCGUUUACACCAGAGUUACUCAAUACCUUAACUGGAUUGACUCCAGUAUGAAUGCAAUCAGCACCAAGAGUCGUUUUCUUCCUGAACCAAAGUGACUUUUUUUCUACAUCUGGAAACAAAUGAAUAAGAUUAAGCCUAUACUGGUAACAGGAUACUAAAGUCCUGAAUAUCAUGAGAGGCUUUCCCUUUAAAUGUGUGUGUAGUCUGCCACUCACAUCGGUGUUCCUGAGGCAGAGAGAUGGUUGAUAUAUUAUCUUACUACUCUGAAUUAACAUGAAAACCACUCAGUGGGAAGCUAAAAUAUUUAAUAUUUAAAUGAGUAUUCCCAUGCACAAUACUAUACAUAUCAAGUUAUCUGUCUACUUCAUUGAAGAACCAGCAUUUGGUCUGGAAGCAUUGGUGAAGUUUUAACUUAUUUAACUCAAGUAUUCAUUUUAUACGUGGCCUGAGUCUAAAAUCUUAAUAUUAUUCUGUGUGAUGAGUGAAGACCCAAGUUCUAGAAAUCUAACCCACUAAAACCAGUACUGAGAAGGGUGAUCAGGCUUUGAAUCAGAAAGUAAAAGGAACUGCAUCAGCAUUAUUGUUGCUGAAGAGUGAAGAAGGACCAAAGUCUACUUAGUGUACUUAGACUAAGGGGACUCUUGGUGUAGACCCAACCUACAGUAAAAUCUGAAAGAUGGCACCUGUAGCUGUGUCAGCACUACAAACUCUUAAUGUAUUCCACUUAAGAACUGUGCUGCAAGAAGGGAAAUUGGAAGCCUGACUGGACUUCCAGAUCACACGCGAAGGUGCCUGCAGAGUUCCCCUGAGAAUUCUGAUUAUGCAACCUCUUUACAUAUAUGUACGCACCCAGGAGAGGAUUUAAGGACUUGGCACUCAUUGAACGCUGCAGAUGUCAGAAGUCAGACCUUUAUUUCAAUUCAUUUAACUGAUAUUAUAUGGAAACUACUUAGUUUUUCCCAAGACUUAUGCUGGCUUUAUUUUUAAACUUGCCUCUUUUUUUUUUUUUUGUUACAGAUUUGAAUUAUUUGUAUGAGGGCUGGAACCUCAAUCUUUAUUUAUUUUUACUAUGUUUAACUUAUUUUUUUUAUUAUUAAUGUUAAAAAAAUAAUUAAAAACCUCUUAUUCUUA